CAUUAUCCUACUGGCAAAUGGAUCACCUUCCUGUCCUUACUCCCUUUGUUAUUCCAUAUCUCAGUUGCUGCUGUCGCUUUUAACAUUAGCCGCAAAGCCAAUGUAAUAGCCCUCAUUACGUAAGCGGUCGGACAUGAUCAGAUCACAUCCAAGACGUUUUCAGCAAGCAACGACAACUACCCGAAUGAGCCAUCAUGUCAAACCGAACAUACAAUCAGUACUGGGCAGAAGCCAAUAAACAGCUGGCUGAUCAACUAGAGUAUGAGUCGCCCAAAGAUCCCAACCUGCUCCCCAAGGACCGGGAAGCCGCCUUCCAGCAUUUGGCGUUGCUAUAUGUCAAGUAUAUCCAGAUCUUUCGAAGACUGGAGGAAGCAUACGACCAAAUCGUACAUCCUCAGAAACGACGAUUGAUGAAAGAUGUUGUCCUUGCGACAAUGGGAAGAAUACUAGAGUUGAAGCAUAAAAUGGUGGAAUUGGAGCUGACAGACUUUUUCAACUUUGGAGACAUUCUGCUGGAUCUAAAGCUAACUCCUGACGAUCUGCGAAUCCCAGUUCCACGCUGUUUUGUGGAAGAGCGGGGUACAGAUAUCGAGCAGCACAAAACAUUGUUGGACGGCCUCGGUGCUAAAGAGUUUGGCUUUGGAGAAGCUGUACCUCCGUUCCCACCUCUCAAAAUAUCAGAGGCAAUCCGCAUUAUACAGAUCAACGAGCGAGGGCGACAGGGGAGACUGCGGGCAAAGUAUAUGCGAGACAUCAAGCUUCAGGCUCAACGUGAAAAGGAGCUUGAUCAAAAUGAGGAGGAGAUGGAAGUAAAUACGGCAGCUGUACGAAUUCAAAAAGUGUACAAAGGAUACAAGGCACGCCAAUUCUACAAGAAGCAAAUGCAUGAGGAAAUGAUCUUCUUGGGAAUGGCAAACAUCAUGAAAGACCCAAAAAAUAAUCCAAUGGUUAGAGCCGAAAACAACCGGAAUCGCCGAAAAGUCGUUCAGCUGCAACAUGAAGAAGAAUACCAGCAGGCUCUUGUUAAUACCAGAGAAAAAAUCAUGAGGGUGGAAGGACCAGAUAUGAAGGAAGCCUUGCAGGACAGCUUCCGACAAUGGUACAUGGAAUACAAGAGGAUCAACAGCAAAUUUCCCGACUUCCCCGCAGACAAAGUUUGGCAAGAGCCUGGAUUCAAGUUUGAGCUAACGCCUGAGGGACAAAUACCUCCGGCUGCUGGAGAAGCUGAUGGGUCAGGGGCGGGUGAAUCGAAGCCUAGUACGGCAGCAUCAGCUACGAAAGGUGGGAAGGGAGGAAAGGGAGGCAAAGGAGCAAAGGGCAAGGACGCUGGAAAAGGUGGAAAGGACGCCAAAAAAGGAGCAGCGGGUAAGAAGGGGGGAAAACAGGAGGAAACGGAAGAUCCAAACAAAUUCAAGUUUGAUGACUCCCCCUUCCUCACUAGCAUAAAUACCGAACGAUCAACUUACGGGGAAAAGUGGCUACGAAAGGACGAAACCGAAAAUUUCGCUCAAAAGCACGAUCAGGAAAUUGUUAAAAAUGAGAAACGGAGAGAGGUCGAAGCUGAGAUCAAGGGCCAGGUCAUGGAAAUCUUGAAAGAAGAGCUCAAAAACUUGAAAAUGGCCGUUGAUCGGGAGAAGGCUGGCAAAAGUCGAAAGGGAAAAAAGGGUAAAAAGGGCGGAAAAGGCAAGAAAGGCAAGAAGGGCGGAAAGAAAGGAGGCAAAGGAAAGGGGGGAAAGAAGGGUAAGAAGGAGAAAGACCUGACAGCCAACCGAACCAUGGAAUCUUUAGUCGAAGAACUUAUCCAGGCCGGAAUUCUACAAAAGUACCCAUCGGUGUCCAUGGAGGAUUUCAAAGGCGAGUUUGACUUGCUAGCAUCAAGCUCAACAAAGACUCCUGUUAUCAAGCCAACACUUGGAGAAUUGCAACGGGCGGUGACAGAAUAUUGUGUACUCCCACUGGGGUUCUCGGAGCCGAUGCAAGUUCCAGCUGUAUCGAGUGUAUUGCUUUUCGGACCAAAAGGUGCCGGUAAAUCAAUGCUCGUCAACGCUGUUGCGUCGGAACUGGGUGCAUGGCUCUUCAACCUUACCCCCCGCAACACAGCUGGACAAUACGUCGGCAAAUCUAACGUUGCCAAAAUGGUCCACAUGGUCUUCAAAGUAGCCAAAGCCCAUCCACCAUCCAUCGUGUACAUUGACAAUGUCGAAAUGAUUUUUGCCAAAAAGGUGCCAAAAGACGAUACGUCCGAUCCAAAGCGAAUUAAAAAGGACCUUUUGAAAGCUGUCAAGGGGCUUAAACCUGUCGAUAGGGUCAUGGUAAUGGGAACGAGUAACAAACCCUGGGAUGGGGAUGUGAAGGCUAUGAUGCCUGUGUUUGGGAAGCAAUUACCAGUCCCAGCUCCGGAUUACCCUUCGCGGAAUGCGCUAUGGACAUAUUUUAUUGGAAGAAGAAUUCCAGCGGCUGUAAAGGAUAUUGAUAUAAGUCUGUUGACGAGAAUGAGCGAUGGGCUCUCGACGGGACAGAUUGCUUUGGCUUGUGAGAGAGCCUUGACUGAUCGACGAUUGAAGUUGUUACGAUUGAGACCAUUCACAACCAAUGAACUUGUCGAACAGAUUCUAAAUAUGGCUCCUUUUGACAAGAAUGACGAUAAACCAUACUGGGAUUUUUACGAAAAAAUACCAUUGGUUAAGAAACGCACCGCUAUGCUCGCGGCGCCACUGGAUGACGAAGGGGACAAGGGCAAGAAAAAAGGUGGUGGAAAAGAUGCGAAGAAGAAGAAAAAGUAGUUUCAAGUUUUUUGAUUAUAUUUAAUCAUACGAAGUUUUGUGUUAAAGCGGGGUAUCAAAUCUACUGGCU